AUGUAUAUAAGUGAUGACAAAUAUGAGCCCAAAGAUGUGAUCUAUACCUUCACCGGCGAUGGAGUGGAUGUCAAAAACCAGAGCCGAAUAAUGUGUAGUGAUGUGAAAGUGACAGUAAGUGAUGACAAAUAUGAGCCCAAAGAUGUGAUCUAUACCUUCACCGGCGAUGGAGUGGAUGUCAAAAACCAGAGCCGAAGUAAAUUCGGCAUAAACUCGACGUCUGGCGAAAUAUACUCGUUGUGUCCGCUCGAUAGGGAUCAGCCCUUUGGUCGCCCGCAAUGGAAACUCUCAGUCUAUGCCGAAGACUCGAAAAGCGGUCAAUUAGUGGGUUUUGCGGAUGUGAUCAUCAAUUUGAAAGACAUUAACGACAAUCCGCCAGUCUUUGCACACAAACACUUUUGGGCUAAUGUCACAGAAAACGGCACAAUUGGUCGGCACGUCAUUACACUCAUCGCCAUCGAUGUCGACGACCCGUUUGACGGAUCAAAUGCCAGGAUAUCGUAUAAUAUAGAAGAUAAUCAGGUGAACGACUCGGGAGAGCUCAUCUUUGCCAUCGACUCGCAUACCGGCGCCAUCACUACCGAUGUCUGUUGUCUGGACAGAGAAUCGCACUCUCAAUACAAAAUCAAAGUGAUUGCCAGCGAUGGCGACGGACUGAAGGCGACCACUACUGUCACCAUAACUGUGACGGAUGUGAAUGAUAUGCCGCCGAAGUUUACAAAACACGAGUGGUUUGCAGAGAUCGAUGAGAUUUACAUCAACGAUACGAGUGAUGAAUUAAUACAACAAAUGCCUAUUCUUAUAGUCACUGUAAUUGAUUUGGAUUUGUUUGAGACAAAUAAUUUUGUCUUUAAAAUUAUCACAAAUAGUGAUAUCAGUGAACGCUUCUCAUUGACGGCAAAUUCGGAUUCGAGCGCUUCCUUGAGAGCAAUCAAAUCAUUAGAUUAUGAAGACAUGAGUCAACGAAAUGUCAAUUUAACGGUUGGUGUGAGUGAUUUAGGAGACAAUUUCAGUGAUACAUAUCAUACAGACUAUUGUGUAAUUCACGUCCGGUUAAGAGAUAUUAACGAUAAUUCACCACAAUUUGUGAAAUCAAAUAUUGAGAUAAAUGUGAGUGAAGACACAAAAUUGGGAUCAAUUGUGACUAAAUUUCACGCAACAGAUGCCGAUCAGAGCGGCCUUUCGGCCAUCGGUUACCGAAUAGACACCGAUUCGGAUAAACGAAAGCAUUUCUCCAUUGAUUUCAAUGGAAUCAUACGAUUGGAGAGAAGUCUCGAUCGGGAGAAGGAGUUGACUCACAAACUGGUCGUUUGGGCCACAGAUGACGGCACACCUCCGCUGUCGUCGUCGGCAACGCUGACCAUAACUGUGGACGACGUCAACGAUAACGCGCCGACACUUAUAGACGACUAUUUGUCCACAAUUUAUGAGAACUCUUUGCCUCAAAAAGUGGGCGAAAUAUUUGCUACGGAUUUGGACGACGCGUCCAAAGGAAACGGUCCGCCCUUUACCUUCAAAUUAGAUCCCAUGGCUUCGGAUCUGAUUCGAGACUCUUUUAAAAUACAAUACGAUCCCAAUGGAGACGGAAAGGCUAUCGUAUACUCGAGACAGACCUUCGACAGAGAAGUCGAGAAACAAUAUCUGCUCCCAAUUGUUAUCAAAGACAAUGGAUUUCCGUCUCAGACCUCAACCAAUACACUGACUGUUGUUAUCAGAGAUGUAAACGACAACCACAUGAGGAACGGCUGGAAAAAGAUUACACUUUUCUAUAUUAAAAACAGUGAUACAAAACAAGUGACUCGUUUGGGAAGAGUUAAUGUGGACGAUGAGGAUGACUGGGAUUUAUCAGAUAAGUCAUUCUUCUGGUUCGAUCACAAAUCUGUUCCCAGCUUUGAAUUGGACUCAAAGACGGGGAUAAUAAGUAUGAGAAAUAUAACAAAAGGUGAUUACGAUCUGAAGUUUAAAGUAUUUGAUGGAAAACACAAACAAGAGAUUGAUUCUCGAGUGAGAGUAGAAGUGAUUGCUAUAAACAGUGAAAAUGUGUUAAAUUCCGGAUCUAUAAGAAUAUCCGGAAUAACGGCUCUGGAGUUCAUUUCGGUGUGGAAUUGGAAAACAAAACAAGAGAUUAGGAGUCUAUACGAGAGAGUCGUCGAGUUAUUCAAGCGAUUCAUACGUUGCGAUAAACUGGAGAUCUUUAGUGUAAUCCAAAUACAAGACAGACCUCCAGUCGUUGACGUGAGAUAUUAUGCCGAACGCCAGCACUCGUUGUUGUCAUCAUUUGUCUUGAAUGCAGUCAUUGAGCAAAACAGACAAGUCUUGGAGAAUGAGCUCCAGCUAAACUUCACUCAAAUCGGAAUCAAUGAAUGUAUGGAAGAGGAGAGCGAAGAGUGUGAAGAAGCAAACAGUUGUGAAACACAGCUCUAUUUGAAUGAAACAAACGCUAUGUUUAUUGAUUCAAAUUACAGUGCAUUUGUUGGCAUAAAUCUAAUUACAAAAACCAAAUGUUUGUGUAAAUCAAGUCAAAUAUUGUCGAAAGCAAUUAAAUCUUGCGCUGAUAUCCAGUGCUUGAAUGGCGGCACUUGUCUGAAGGCGAGCGACAAGAACUUUAUCUGCAAGUGUCCGGAAGGCAGUGAUGGGCCCAACUGUGAAGUGACCACCCGUUCAUUCAAUGGCCAGGGAUGGGUUUGGUUACCACCAAUGCCUCAGUGCUCUCAAUCGCAUAUAAGUAUAGAAAUCAUAACUCAGAUCCCAAACGGACUUAUCUUAUAUUAUGGACCAAUGAAUAAGCCAUCGAUUGACACACAAAAUAUCAUCAAUGACUUCAUAUCCCUUGAGCUUAAAAAUGGAAUGCCACGACUUCUGUAUAACUUUGGUUCCGGGACUCAAGAAUUAUCAGUGAAAAGUCCGAAACCACUAAAUGAUGGCGAAUGGCAUACCAUUGAAAUAUUUUUUGAUACACAAUCAGUGCGUCUAAUGACUGACCACUGUAUCGAUGCUGUGAUAUAUGACUCCGAGCCGUUGAAAAUGGACAGAACCCGAUGCGAGAGUGUGGCCACCAAUCAAUGGUAUGGCCGACGGCUCAACGUUAACGCACCGCUUCAGUUGGGAGGCGUCUCUCAUCAACCCAUUGACAGGUAUUAUAAUUGGACGCAAAGGCAUUCCCGCAUUGGUUUCACGGGUUGUCUCAGAAAUCUAAAGCAUAACCAACUGCUCUAUGAUUUUGGAUCCGUUUUCAAUUCAGCGAAUUCACUGUUGGGCUGCCCUUCAGUGGAAUCGAUGUGCAAUUAUUUCUCGAGAAUGUGUCAAAACGGCAAAUGUUUGGGCACUUAUAAUACGGCCAAAUGUGUGUGCGAUCCGGGCUAUAGGGGCUCCCAGUGUGAGACACUGACCAAACCUCGAAUGUUUCAAUCGCACAGUUUUAUCCGAUAUUCACUUCAGUUUGAUUUGGAUCCGUAUUCAACUGAUAUUCAGAUGUUGUUCAGGAGUCGCGAGUCUUACGGCGAUCUCCUGAGGCUCUCGACCAAAGAUAAGCGCGAAUAUUGUAUUCUUGAGAUACGAGAGGCGAGGAUUCAAUUCAGAUUCAAUUUGAAUCAUUUGAGAUCAUCGACGGAACAGAUCCUGAAGUUAAAGCAUUUCUUUGUAAACGACGGCGAAUGGCAUUUGGUUAGAGUGCGGAGGUAUGGCUCGACCGCUACCAUAACUCUGGACGCCGGAGGGGUCGGAAAGUUUGCCUCAAUCGACGACUUUUUCGGUUUACAUCAAUUGAUACGAAUUGAACGCAAAAAUGUUGUCAUCGGCGGUGAUGUUAGUUAUAUUAGUAUCGGCGCCGGUGUUGUGGCUAAUGAUUUUGAUGAAGGAUGUUUGAAUGACAUCCGUAUAGACGGCAUUCACUUACCAAUGGAUAACUCGACCGAAAGUGCAUUAAUCUUGGAAUCACAAGAAGUAGUGGACGGCUGUCCCUCUAAUAACCCUUGUAUUCAUAUCACUUGUGAAUUGCCUUUUAUUUGUCACGACAUUUGGAUGACAUAUGAAUGCAGAUGUCCGAACGGUUUAGUGAAGACAAGUGAUGGAAAGGGUUGUGAACCGUACGACAGUUGUAUUGAUCACAAUUGUAUGAAGGAUGAGACGCCCUGUCGAUCGUCUUCAACGUCUCGAUUGUGUUCCUGUCCUAACAAUACCAGUGAUUGCGAUACAUAUACUCAGGAUUUUGCUAUCAAUUUCAACACAAUAGCCAUUUCAGCAUAUAGAUUAAUAAAAAUGAAAAGCAAUUCACAAACUAAUGAAACAGAGAUCGAAGAAAAUAGUGUUGAAUGCGAUAUAAAUGAGAGAAAGAGUAAUAAAGUGGAGAAGAAAGCGAAAAGAGUUCGUUUGGAUUCAAAUUCAGUGGUCAUUAACUUUGAAGAUUGCGAUCAAGAAUUGGAUAAAAACUCGUUUACGGAUGAACAACACAUCUGUGCCGAAGAGUUGGCGGAUAUAAUACGCGAUCACAUCGAGAGAAUUGAUCUGCAAAUUGAAGACUUGGAUAACGUAUGCGUUUAUGCUCUCGAAGGCACCGAAGACACCACAGUCUGCACUCUAAGCUCAUUAUCUUCCAUGUCGUCCAUUCAGUACAACAUUGUCUACACCACUGCCGGCGCUAACAAUACUGACUGUUAUACCAAUAAUGCCAGACUCUAUCCAAUCGAUACUUUAGACACGAAUUAUUGAUUCAAUGUAUAGAUAUUUUAUGUGAUCUUUUGGCAAAUGUUUUUAAAUUUAUUUAUUUUGUGAUAAAAAUAUUUUAUAAAUAUUGAUAAAUAAAGGAUACGUUGUUUUAAAA